GUGAGGUGUCCAGCAGACAUUGACCUGCUCCUCCAAUGCUACAAAGUAGCCGUUGAACGUUAAUCAGGAGUAAAAGCUUCAACACCAGCCGCACAUUGAAUCUUCAUCACCACCGACGGACAUCACCGACUGGAGCGACGACGACGGACUUACCUUGGAGCAAUGAAGAUCAACAUUUUGCUUGUAUUUGCGAAAGGUUUGCAUCUGUUGAUAGACUACUUGCAGCUUGGGGUCAGCAUUGGCGGCUUCGCCUUGGCUAUCUAUCUGACGAAGACCAACGACCCGUUCAUCAAGUUUUUCCGGGCUUGCCUGGCCCUUGGCCUCCGGAACCACUUUCAGAACGUCGUGGUGGGUACGAUCUUCAUCUACAGUGGCAUCCUCUCCGUGGUCACUGGGCUGGGCGUCUAUGCACUCCUGAAAAGGAAAUGGCGCGUGCUGUACUGCUAUACGCUGAUCGUGUACCUGCUGGUCCUGAUUGAAGUCCUCUUCUUUGUCGGCCUCUUUGUCUUUCAGAAUAUUUAUGCAAAGUCCAUCCCCACGUGCCUUCGGAAGGUUCUGCAAGAAGAGUACUUAGGACCCUUUACUUCCAGCAAGAAUGACAUCACCUGGGCUUUCAACUACCUGCAGGCGCGAUACUCCUGUUGCGGCAUCACCGGGUUGGUAGAUUAUCAUCGCUUCGAGGGCUGGAACCGGUCCUGGCCCAAGGUGCAGUCCUCCCAGGACGACCAGCCUUCUCGCGCUGUCGUGCCGUACACGUGCUGUAAGUUCAAGAAAGAACCCGUAGACGGGGGUCCAGUCAGCGUCCGGAAGCUAAAGGCGGCGCUGGUGGACUUCGAAUGUCCAGUGAACCCUCACGAGAACAACAGCUUCGCGGCCGUCGGCUGCCAGAAGAAGCUGAAGAAACAUGUCGAAGAAUGGAAGCGGACAUUACUCACUGUUAGCUUUACUUACGAGGCCAUUCAGUUCGUCGGAAUCUGGGCGGCUUGUAUGUAUCCAGAGUUUUACGUCUAAGUGCGAAAAACCGCAAACAUAAGUAAAAUAAAUAACAGUAAUAACAAACAUCGCUCAAAUCAGGGUUCUUUAUUACUGUACCCGCCCACCCUUUAUCGGAGAUCUCCCUAAAGACAGGAAAGCGAGGAGUUAUUUAAGUAACAUGGAUUUAUUGCUUGGCAACGUGCUGUGGGAUUUUUCUUUCGGCUAGAAGGCAUUAGUUAGCUCUAUCUCAACAUCAUCGGUUGUUCGUCGUUCUUUUCUUCAGUUGUGUUCUUUUCUUUUUGUUUUCGUUAAGAGAAAAAGAAAUAAAGGAACUGCGAGAAAAUAGAAGUUUCAAUAUUCCCUUAUUUAAAUGAAUCUAAAUGUAGAGAAUUACUACCCUUAAAGAACAUUAUCUAAAACAUAUGUAUUGAGGUCAGCAACUCUA